ACGAAGAAGAAGAAGAGGCCGAAGUAAUCCUCCGGAACAACCGAAGAAGAAGAAGCCGCUCAUGCAGUGUUGAUAAAGUCACAUGGCGCAGGGAUUAAGAGGAGAAUAAAGCGGAUUAGAUUAAUAGAUUAGUAUAAAGCGGUGAAUAUGCGGUAAAAUCCGUGUCAGAUUUCCGCUUUGAGGGUGUGUGUGUGUGUGUGUUGUCAUGUUUGCUCGCGCUCCUGCCCGCUGUGUCCUUCAGGGUGUGUGUGAUUGUCUCCGGGCUCAGAGCUUCUCUCUGUCCGCGCGCACGAACACAGUGGUAGUGGAGAGAUGGUGGCAGGUUCCCCUGUCGAAGGAGGGUCGUCCCCCGAGACUUUACUCCCGCAGGCACAGGGUUUAUCGCUUUGUGGAGGACACCAAACACCAGACCCAGGAGAAGCUGGAGCUGCUGCUCACACAGACCGUACCGAAGCUCGGCGGUCGUGGAGACACGGUUUUUGUGAAGAAGUCGGUGGGAAGAAAUAAACUCCUGGCUGAAGGUCUCGCUGUUUAUCCUUCACCUGAGAACAAGGAGAUGUUCACUGAGGAGAGACGCUUACUGCGUGAGGGAAAGAGAGAGGACAGAAUCCAGACAAGGACAGGACAACUCACGGUGGAUUUCCUGAAACAGUCCACUCUGGAGAUCGGGAUCCAGACGGCUCCUCAGCAGCACUUUCUCCUCACCAAGGAAAUCGUCUGCAGACAUUUUUUGAGAAAACUGGGCGUGGUCGUCCCUCUUCAUGCGCUGACAUUACCGGACGAGCCGAUCACACAGUUUGGAGAUUUCUGGUGUGAUGUCACGGUGAACGGUUUGGACACAGUGCGAGUGCAGUUGAUUGUAGGUCCAUAUGUGGAUCCAAGGAAGAAGAAACUGAUGAAACAGGAAGGUGCAGCGACGGAAAACACACCGGACUCAGACACAGAAUAAUGAUCACAGUCUGAUCCCAGUCCAGUUUGAUCUGACCUGUGACCUAAUAAAUUAGCAUUUUUUUUCUUUAA